GCACGUUUGGGUUAAGAAACCUACCCAAACUCAUUCAAACCCGAAUACAAACUUCACCUUCUUCGACUACCUCAGUUCUUACCUUCCAAACUUCAACCAACACCCUCUACGACUCUCUCUCUUUCUCUCUCCUCCCAUCGCCGCCGGAGUCACUGCCAUCUCCGGCACCUUCAAGCACCUCUAAUGUCCCAACACAGAUCGCAAGUAUCUCAAACUACCCAUUUUUAGAUUCCCCAAAAAUCGAUGGAAAAACCCAUCAAAAACCCUCAAAUUUAACUCCAUUGUUGAGCUCAUUGACAAACUAUUAAGCUUUUGAUGCUUGGGUACAAAUUUAGCAACGACAAUCCAAAUCCCAUGAUAUUUGGGUACAAAUUUCCGUUUCUCUCUCAUCAUAGGGUUCGAGCCUCGAAGCUUGCCUUCUUUCUUCCCCACUUUCACUCUUUAUCUUCUUCUGUUGUUGCAGGAUCUCGUGCUAAUUUUCGCGAGGUAAUUCAAUACCCUUCUGAACGUUGGUUUGUUAAAGUGAUCUGUACCCUUUUUUGUUUUCAAUCGCAUUGUUUGGAUUUGCAUUCGGAUUAUCUUGUUAAGGGUGUAACCCCAUUGAUUGCUUUUGAAGUUGUUAGAAGAUUGGAUGAUUGUAAUAAUAUUAGGAAUACCGAAUUGGCAUUGCGAUUUUUUGAGUUUAGUAGGGUGAAAUUGAAUUUAAUUCAUACUUUUGGGACUUAUAAUUACAUUUUGAGGUCACUUUGUCAAAUGGGUCAUUAUGAUUCUGCUAAUUUGGUUCUUGAUUGGAUGAUGGUUGAUGGGCAUUGGUUGAAUUCGUCGUUUUCGGGUUUUUUGGUGGGGUUGUUUUCGGAUUCAGGAAGAUUUGACAUUGCCCAGAAAUUGCUUGCUCAAGUAAAUUGUGGAGAGAAAGAUGGGGAUCCUUUUGUGUGUAAUAAGUUUUUGAAUGGGCUGGUUAAACAAAAUAGAGUAGACGAGGCUGUUAGUUUCUUUAGUGAGCAGAUGAUAUCGAAAUCGUGCUUAGAUGUUUGUAGCUUUAAUAUAAUGAUUAGAGGCCUGUGCAAGGCGGGGCAAGUUGAUAAAGCUUUUAAAUUUUUCGAGGAGAUGGUCAAAUUUGAGUUGUCUCCAGAUAUUAUUACCUAUAACACUAUGAUAGAUGGGUUGUGUAGGGUUAACAAGGUGGAUAAAGCGCGAGAAUUACUUUUGGAAGUUAGGUCUAGAGAUGGUAUAUCUCCUGAUGUUGUAACUUAUACAUCCACCAUAUCAGGUUAUUGUAAGUUGAAUAUGAUGGAUGAGGCAUCUUUUCUAUUCCAAGAGAUGACGAGUACUGGAAUUAGACCUACCCUUGUUACUUUUAAUAUUCUUAUUGAUGGCUUUGGGAAGGUUGGCAACAUGGCCUCUGUGUCAGCUAUGUAUGAGAAAAUGCUUUAUCUUGGUUGUCUCCCGGAUGUUGUUACCUUUACUUCUCGCAUUGAUGGUUAUUGUCGGAUAGGGCAAGUGGAUGAGGCCUUGAAGCUUUGGCAAGAAAUGGUUGAUAGGAAGCUGUUCCCAAAUAAAUAUACGUUUUCUAUUCUUAUUAUAGCUUUAUGCAAGGAAAAUAGAGUGAAAGAAGCUUGUAAUCUUGUAAGGCAAUUGAAGUUUAGAAAUGAUAUUAUUCCUCAACCCUUUAUGUACAAUCCAGUCAUUGAUGGACUCUGCAAAGCAGGGAAGGUUGAUGAGGCAAAUCAAGUUGUAUCUGAGAUGGAGGAGAGAAGGUGCAAGCAUGAUAAGUAUACGUUUACCAUUCUUAUCAUUGGCCACUGUAUGAAGGGUAGAUUGGUGGAAGCUAUUAAGAUUUUUAAUAGGAUGCUAUCAGUUAAGUGUAAUCCGGAUGACAUUACUGUAAAAUCUUUGCUGUCGUGUCUGGUGAAAGCUGGAAUGCCAGAUGAAGCCUCGCAGAUUAAAAAACAAAUGGCAUUAGGGAAGGUUGAAGUGAGUAUAUCACCUUCCAAAAGAAAGUUGCCAGCUAGUACAAAUAUGGAUAUUCAGGUGGCUGCUUAACUAGAAUGAGGCAUCUGAGUGCAUCAAUGCAUAGCAGUUGGAUGCAUAUCUUCAAUAUUUUGUAUACUGCACAAGCCCAAGCAGUCAAGCACUCAGUUAUGUGCUGUUUACGCUAUAAAGUUUGAAGUUCUUGCAGAUAAAUAGUUGGCCCUUUUAUGAGUGUCUAUCAGAUGUUUGCUUGGACAUCAAUUACAUCUAAUGGAUGAUUAGCUGCUUCAGGUCUUUCACUUAGUUUCUGAUGAGAAAUAUUGACAAGGCUCUUUGGCUUGUCUCCUGUCUUAAAUAUGAGGUUCACAUGUGAGUCAAUCUGAAGCAGGGAGAACAUGCCUUGAAUGUAUGAAGCAGUGAAGUCAACUGCCCCCUUUUAUAUUGUAGCAUCCCAUGCAUAAAAGAAACUCAAAGCAAAGAGAAAUGCACCAUGGUUAUCUGUGCCACAAUUAGGAGACUGGGACCAUAAGGGACUAUUGCCAGAUUACUCUCUUGAUCUCUCAAAAAUCAGAGAAAUGGGGAAUCAAAAUAAAAGAGAUCCUUCAAGGGCUAGU